CGUCGUUGCCCAAUAUGCGCGGAGUUCGUGUCAAUUCGAUCCUUGCACAUUUCUCGUGUGCGUCUGCGUUCUUUCAAGUUCCUCUGAAAAUUCGCAACGAGGUCCCAAUUUUUUAACGGCCAAUAAGUGAGUUAAAUAUGUCCAAGGAACAUGAUUUGCCUUCGGAUUCUGAUGAAGACGACGAAGACUACGUUCCUGAAAAUGCAGAGGAUGAACCAGUGUCCGAAGCUGAGUCAGAAGGAGAAGCAGAAAGCGGUCCAGAAGAUGAAAAUAACGAGAACGAAAAGGUUUCAAAUAAGAAAGGAAGGAAGAGGCGCAAGGGUGCUGUAGCAGGCAAAAACCGAAGAAGGAAAGAUGAGGUCAAAAAGACUGUAGAGGAGGACGAAGAAGAAGUAAAAAGUGACGACAAAAAGGCACUUACCGAGGAAGAAGAAAAAAAGAGAGCAGAUUCCCUCUGGGCUGAUUUUAUGAAAGAUACAGCAGUGGUACCAAAACCAAAACCCCAGAAUACAUCCAAUGGAUCAAAAGAGGAGUCUUUCCCAACAGUGAGGCCAAAGAAGGAAGAUAAGGUGAAGAUCACGAAAGUUUUCGAGUUUGCCGGAGAAGAAGUUCGAGUAGAAAAGGAAAUUCCAUUGGACUCCGCAGAGGCGCGACUUUCACUGCCUACAACGGAGAAUCCAGCAAGAAAGUCAAACCCCCUUUCUACAUCCUCGAACGGUUCUUCCCGAGGUCGUGGAGCUAAGCGAGGUAGUCUGAGUGGAAUAUCCUCGGUCCUCGGACAGCUGGGGAAAAAAGCAAAGAUCAGUACUCUGGAGAAGUCCAAGCUGGAUUGGGAUAAUUUCAAAAAGGCAGAGAACCUAGAAGAAGAGAUUAGUACUCACAACAAGGGGAAGGAUGGAUACCUAGAACGUCAGGACUUCCUCCAGAGAGCCGAUCUGCGACAGUUUGAGAUCGAGAAGCAACUAAGGAACACUAACAGACGCAGUGCUCGAUGAAUGACGAACAACCCUCUCUUACGAGUCCUCUUUCAGAAUGCAACUAAAAAUCGUGGAGUGAAGGUACGAGGUUCUUUAGUGAACUGUGCCUGCGCGAGUCAAAAACAAGAUGACGUUCUUAGGGAUCUGCAACGAAUGUCCGCAUGAUCAUCGUCACGCGACGUGAGCAAACAUCUAGAGUCCUCAUUUAUUAUUCUAGUGUGUCAAGAGUAUUCCUGUACGUAACGUUAGUACCUAGGCGAGGUAUCGCGAUUAUCUGCAGAGUUUCAAGACGAUACGGCAGACCUGUCAUGUUUUAGAUACUGGCUACGUUAACUACUCGCAGUUCCGAAUAGCUUAUCAAAGUGCAUAGUGGACUACAUGAGAUAGCUUGAAUUCUGGUUUUGUAACAAACGACGAUUAGGAAUACGUUGCACCGAUUGAGUUGUGCAAACAUACUUCUUUUAGCAGAACGUAGGGAAUUUUCUAAUUAAUUAAAUCGUCCAUUGGUUUCGCUGCCGGAGCGAUACUAGAAAUCACUGCCUCAGAGGAAACGCGAUGGAUGUAACAGUAUACGACAUAUUUAUUCAUCGCCGUUGACGCGUUUCUCUUUUAUAUAACUUUUCCGUUCGUCGCAAGAAGGAUCCUGAUCGUAGUUAAGAAUAUAUCGCCAGGAACGAGAGCGUAAAGGAGGACAACUAGAUAUAUUAAUAGUUUCCUCAGACUGUAAGGCUUACGCCGAAUCGACAUUAAGGUCUAUCUAAGGAUUGAAGAAAUAAGAAAAAAAAAAGAAAUUAAGAUUUCCAAGGUGUUUCCAACGCGGUCAGUGUGAGAGCACAUUUUUCUUAACUUUUCAAUCCUGCCAUCGCUGUCUGUACAUUUUAACGCAAAAUACUUUACCUACGAUAUACUCGGUGUGCAACUUAACAUGUAACUUAACGCGGCUCAGGUGACGAUUAGCUAGUGUAUCCUAAUUCAACGAAGUGUCGUUUACCUCUGUGAACGGUCUAGAAUAUUGCGCUAAUAAAAGUGUCGAAAAUCAUAA